GUCUUGGUGUCAGCCAAGCCGUCGCGAAACACGCGCUUUGUUCUCUUGAUGACAGAUCCAGAUGCUCCUAGCAGAGAAGAGCCCAUUUACAGAGAGUGGUCUCAUUGGGUGGCGAUUAGCGAAACUGACACUUUUGAUGAGAAUUCGACAAGCCCUCUAUCCUACAGAGGUCCUACUCCCCCGAAAGACACAGGCCUCCAUCGCUACGUGUUGCUUUUGUUUGUGGGAUCACUGGAGCAGCAACAGGAGCAGCAACAGGAGCAGCAACAGGAGCAGCAACAGGAGCAGCAACAGGAGCAGCAACAGGAGCAACAGCAUCUUCAGUCGUAUCUGGGGUCCCCUAUCUCCUCGGAAAGCGAAGCCGCCUCUCCUGCUCAUUCCUCAGCACUGCAGCAGCCUCGACAACUCCACCCUCAGCCUGGGGGAGGUGUGUCUGAAGACUUCUCGCUGCUUCCCGCCGCUCUUGCGGAUGCUGUGACAACAAGCAAUACCAGCAGCAGUAACAGCAGCAGUAGCAGCAGCAGUAGCAGUGACAGUGCAAUACCAAGACUGGCAGUUUUACCCCCUGCUGCAACCCACGUAACACAGAAACUUCCAGCGCAACAGCCCUCAUGGCUGCCAAUGCUGCAGCAGCCUCAAAGCCCCCUAUCGCCAAACUCUCCCCUGCUGUCCAUCCUUCAGGCUCCUUCUCUGCAGCAGCAGCAGCAACAACAACAUUUGCUGCUGUCUCCCUCGACACCUCCUUUUUCACCCUCCAUGACAGAGACAGCACCCCUCCCACAGCCUCGCCUCCCUGCCACUGCAGCGGCUCGAGGAGGAGGCAUUCCAGCGAGUGCAAGCAGCUGCUUUUCCCCGCUGUCUGCUUACGGUGGCUGUGGGAGCAGCAGCAACUCGCCUCUGCAGGUUACGAGAGACUUUUUUGGGAGUUCCUUCAACAGCAGCAGCAGCAGCAGCAGCAGCAGCAGCGCAGCAGCGGCAGCAGCAGCGGCGGCGGCAGAAGCAGAGCUUACGCUGGCUAUGAACUGCCCUCCAACAGCCUUAGGGGGGAACGAGAACGUCUUGCUACUUGGACGAUGGAUACUGCAGCACUGCAACAGACUGCCGCCAAUGCGUCUCCAGCCUCUCCUUGAAAGCUUCCUGCUGCACUUCGACUUCGUCGCUGCUGCUGCCGGCAGCUGUACGGGAGGCUUUUCAGUGGAGCGAGAAAUUGUAGACGAGGACGAAGCAACAGAUACUUCUGCAGUCGACAGCGCUGUGCUGCCUUCAGCAGCAGCAGCAGCAGCAGCAACAGCAGCAGCAACAACAGCAGCAGCAACAACAGCAGCAGCAACAGACUCGAGGGCCAGUGCAGGAGAGACUAUUAUACUCUUCGGUUCGCUGCUCCUCGAUAUUAUUGCCAUUCGUGCAGGUGAAGGUGCAGCGGCAGCGGCGGAUUGCCUGGUUCAUCAUCUCAAAGAGGCGUAA